ACUCUAUCAAAGAUGAAAAAAGUGAAGUUAAUGAAUUAGUAGUCAAUCAUACCUAUAACACAGACCCAACGAUUGUACAAGAUGUGGAAACCUAUAUGAAAUUAAAUAAUGCACAUAUAUCUUCAGAAGAAAAACUUGACGAUCAUCAAAUUGUUGAAAUCAUGUUGGCAAAAAAAUUAGAAUAUGAUCAAGGUAAUCCUGAUGAUUUUGAUGAGGAGCCACUGCAUAUUUCAGUCUCAGAAGAAUUAGAUGAAUUAAAAAAUUUUAUUUUAUUUGUUGAACAACAAAUGAAUAAUGAUUUCGAUAAAAAUGAUUUAACAAUAUUUCGCAAAUAUGUACCACUUAUGAG